AACAAGCCCGCAGUCCCACACAUCAAGCCAUCAUCUUUUAUUGCCCUCGACAGUAACUUUGUGAAUCAUCAUGAAAAGUAUUGCGACCAUCUCCUGUGUUUAUUUGGCUACUGCUGCUCUUUUGAUGCAGAGCACCAGCGCCUGGGUGUUUUCCAAGAAGGAUCUACAAAAGGCAGCCUCGGCAGCGACGUGCGCUGCUGUGGUUUCACUGGUAGCGACCCCCUUUCACGCGAACGCUCGCGAUUUCAGUGGCAGCUACAACGAUCCGAAUCACCCCAACUGUAUUCGUAAAAUCGAAAACAUUGGUAAAAUUGCGACAAUUUACGGGACGGACGGAAAUCCAGGAUGCCCCGCCAAUGGCAAAGGAACGGACUUUGAUCUUCUCGCGUCGGUGGUUGGAGACGACAUUCAAAUUGAUUUCGGACCAAAGGGCGGGCCAAAGGCAGUCAUGGGGAAAUGGGAUGAAACUGGUGAACCCGGGAUCACGUUUCCAGAUGGUAACAAAUGGACGCUGAAGGAUCAGAAUGCACGCGCCGAUGGAGCUCGGAAAACAUUGCAGGUUGUUGACAUUAGCGAGCAAAUGAAAAUAGAGCUGGCGACCAGCUGGAAUACCCUCUAG